GACGACGUCAGACUCGCGCCACUUCUCAGCGGCGAGCUCGAGAGGACAACCAGCGACUUUCCGGCCAGCAGCAACGCGGUCACUCGGUGCGAGAUAAAACGACUGAUUUAGUUGAGAAGCUCGGAACGCACAAUCUGCGGGAUUGUGCAAUUAAGUCCACUCGGCAGCAGACAUGGCGCGCAAAGAUUACGCGGCGGAGAAAGAUAAAUGCAAGAGAUUCCUGCAGGAGUUUUACUCUGAGGAUGACAGUGGGAAGAAGGUGUUCAAAUACGGUGCACAACUUGUUGCUCUGGCUCACCGAGAGCAAGUGUCUCUCUAUGUGGACCUGGACGAUGUGGCUGAGGAAGACCCCGAACUGGUGGAGAGUAUCUGUGAAAAUGCCAAGCGCUACACAAGCCUCUUUGCCGACGCCGUGCACGAACUGCUGCCCUCGUACAAAGAACGAGAUAUUGUGGCCAAGGAUGCUCUGGAUGUGUACAUUGAGCACCGGCUGAUGAUGGAACAGCGAUCACAUGACCCAGCUGACACUCGUGACGCUCGAAACCAGUACCCGGCGGAGCUCAUGAGAAGAUUCGAGCUCUACUUCAAGCCCCCCAGCACAGCAAAACCAAAAGUGGUGCGCGACGUGCGGGCAGACAGCAUCGGGCACCUGGUGACCGUCAGAGGCAUCGUGACCCGGGCCACUGAGGUCAAGCCCAUGAUGGCUGUGGCUACGUACACGUGUGACCAGUGCGGUGCAGAGACGUAUCAACCGAUCCAGUCGUCGUCCUUUAUGCCACUCGUCAUGUGUCCCAGCCAAGAGUGCACCACCAACAAAUCUGGCGGUCGCCUCUACCUGCAGACAAGAGGUUCCAAGUUUGUCAAAUUUCAGGAGCUUCGUAUUCAGGAGCAUAGUGACCAGGUGCCUGUUGGUAACAUCCCGAGAAGUAUGUCUGUAUACGCACGGGGUGAAAACACACGACUUGCACAACCAGGUGACCAUGUGGCCAUCACAGGAAUCUUCCUGCCACUUCUGCGCACUGGCUUCAGACAGGCGACGCAGGGUCUUCUGUCAGAGACUUUCAUGGAAGCUCAUGCCAUUACACUCAUGAACAAGACCGAGGACGAUGAGUUGGGAAAUGAAGAGUUGACUGAGGAAGAGCUGCGCAGCAUCACAGACGAAGGGUUUUACGAGAAACUGGCUGGAUCGAUCGCACCAGAGAUUUACGGCCACGAGGAUGUGAAGAAGGCUCUGCUCCUGCUGCUGGUCGGAGGUGUGCAACAAGCUCCGAAAGGCAUGAAGAUCCGAGGUAACAUCAACAUCUGCUUAAUGGGAGAUCCUGGAGUGGCCAAGUCCCAGCUCUUGUCCUACAUUGACCGCCUGGCUCCCCGUAGCCAGUACACGACAGGCCGAGGCUCGUCGGGUGUGGGCUUGACGGCAGCCGUGAUGCGAGACCCCCUAACGGGUGAGAUGACCCUGGAAGGUGGCGCUCUCGUGCUGGCUGAUCUGGGUGUGUGCUGCAUCGACGAGUUUGACAAGAUGGCUGACGCCGACCGCACGGCCAUCCAUGAAGUGAUGGAGCAACAGACCAUCUCGAUUGCCAAGGCUGGCAUCAUGACCUCCUUGAACGCCCGCUGCUCCAUCCUGGCCGCCGCCAACCCGGCGUACGGCCGAUACAACCCCAAGAAGAGCAUCGAGCAGAACAUACAGUUGCCAGCUGCACUGCUGUCACGUUUUGACCUGCUCUGGCUCAUCCAGGACAAGCCGGAUGCCGAUGCCGACCUGCGUCUUGCCCAGCACAUCACCUACGUACACCAGCACUGCCGCCAACCUCCCACGCACUUCACCCCCAUCGACAUGAAGCUCAUGAGACGUUACAUUUCCGUGUGUAAGAAGAAGCAGCCAGUGGUGCCCGGCUCGCUGGCAGAUUACAUCACCGCCGCGUAUGUGGAGAUGAGAAAGGAGGCGCGGGUCAGCAAAGACACAACCUUCACCUCGGCCCGCACCCUCCUCUCCAUCCUCCGCCUCGCCACCGCGCUGGCUCGCCUCCGUUUGAUGGACGGCGUGGAGAAGGAGGACGUCAACGAGGCUAUGAGGCUGAUGGAGAUGUCCAAAGAUUCACUGCAAACAGACAAGUCCAGCAAUGCAAGGACUCAGCGUCCGGCAGACGUCAUCUUUUCCCUGGUGCGCGAGCUGGCCACAGAGGGCGCAGCGGGCCGCGGCGCUGUGGUGCGCAUGUCGGAAGCCGAGCAGCGGUGCGUGUCGCGGGGCUUCACCCCCGCUAUGUUCCAGGAGGCCCUAGAGGAGUACGAGGAGCUCAACGUGUGGCAGAUCAAUCAGGCUCGAACCCGCAUCACCUUCGUCUGAAACGGACGGACGGGCAGGCGACACUUUUUUUCACAUUUUUCCGUCAAUAUUCUCCAUUAAGCCUUUAGUGUUCCCUCUUUAGAGAAUUGUACUUGUAAAUAGGUCAGAACUUCCGAGUCUGAUCCACAGUAAAAAUAUUUCUGUAUAUGUGUACACAUUGUAAUGCAACAUUAUUCUUUUUUUCUGAGGCAAAUCUAUAAUAAAUUUAUCAUACGCU